AUGGCGACAUUCGUCAUGCAGUCCUUGGGUUGCGAGGUCGCCGCGUUGAAUACAGUGAAUUUCAGUAACCAUACCGGCUAUCGCCAAUUCAAGGGUACCCGUGCGACUGCGCAGGAAAUUUCAAAUCUGUAUCAAGGCCUGUGCCAGAGUAAUUUGACCGAUUUCGAUGUCAUGCUCUCAGGCUAUGCCCCCAGUGCAGCCGUCGUCGAAGCCGUGGGCGCCAUUGGCAUCGAUCUGCAGCAGAAGGCUGAGAAGAAGCCCGGAUCCUUCUUUUGGGUCUUGGACCCCGUGAUGGGCGAUCAAGGCCGGUUAUACGUCAACGACGACGUUGUCCCUGCUUACAAGAAAAUCAUUCAUCACGCCGACUUAAUCCUACCCAAUCAAUUUGAAGCCGAAGUACUCUCCGGCAUCAAAAUUACUUCACUAGCCACCUUGGCCGAGGCCAUCACUGCCAUUCAUCGCAUUUAUUCCGUACCGCACGUUAUAAUCACUUCUGUACAGCUUUUCAAGCUAUCGACGUCCGGGUCGACGCCCAGUCCACCUGAAAACUUCCUGACGGUGAUCGGAUCCACAACAAAGUCCGACGGAUCUCCACGUCUGUUUCGGGUCGACGUUCCCGCUUUGGACUGUUUCUUCAGCGGAACCGGUGACAUGUUUGCUGCACUCACGGUAGCUCGCUUACGCGAGGCCGUCGAUGCUGCAGGCGACAAUCUACGUAAUACCCGCUCUUGGGUGUCGCCCGACAAUGUCCCGUCCAGCCAGCUCCCGCUAGCUCAGUCUACGAUCAAGGUUCUUUCAAGUAUGCAUAGCGUGCUCGAGCGGACUAUGGAGGCUCGCGAUGCGGAACUCGCAAAGGACGUCCCAGCUCAGAAUGGGGACGUGAGCGCCGAAGAGAAGCAAAAGCGUGAACACCUCCGGCGGACCAAGGCUGCGGAAGUGCGGCUGGUUCGUAAUACGCGAUUCUUACGGGAUCCUCCGGCUCAGUUUCAGGUGCAGGAGUGGUGCAAAGAAGACCUUCCGGCACAAUUGCAAUAG